AUGGUUACUUAUGGUUUAGAAGCAAGACACACUGUUGUGGAAGCUGAAGCUUCUGUCCAUGAACUCAAGACACCUGAGGAGAGUGCAGCUAUCUGGGAUGAACAUCGUCGCAAGCGUGCUGGACGAUUAUCCCGAUGCGCAGCUCCGAACCCGAGUAAACGUUUUCCAAAGCCGAAGGUCAUGGGUCAGAAGGGGCCUGAAAAGGAAGAAACACCCAAGGAACAGGCCGUUCGCCAUGGCACUUUCGCCAUGGAUCGUUUCGACACCAUUGUCGCAGCAAGCAACGAUAUCUCCUACAAUGCCCAAAUUAUGUCCAACACCUGGGAAUCGCUAUACACGGGCUCUAUGACUAUUGUUUCGUUAUUCGUAGAAUAUCACAUUCCACAUAUCCUCGUGGUCGUCGCAGAUAAAGACUUCUCGAAUCUGAACAUCGCUCGAUAUCGUGGAAUCAUCAGAUUCUCGGCCGCUGCAGUGGCAAAGAUAUCUGUCGUGAAAUACAAUGGCUACAAGGAGCAUUCGGACAAGCUUCCAGGCAACGAACGUUACCUGUUGCGAUUGGAAUACAAGUUCGAUCGCAUCUGCGGAGGCCGUAUUGGUACCCGAGCCCGAUGUAACAGUCCGAAAACUCGCUGA